AUGGAAUUAAGGAAAUCGGUUGUGUUUGGUUUAUGUGCCGUUGCGGUAUUUGGUAUUGGUUAUGCUGUAUACUGGGACUAUCUGCGACAAACUGACCCAGAUUUUCGAAGGAAAUUGAAAAAGAACAGGAAAAAAGCAUUAAAGCAAAAAAAGGCAGCUGUAGAAGAAUCUAAAUCAAAGACCGCUAAUUUUAUUCGAGGAGCUGUUGAAGAAGUUGCCAAAGAAAAUUUUCCGACUGAUGUCGGUGUUAAAGAACAAUUCUUUAUGGAACAAGUGGCCAAGGGUGAAACUUUGUUCGCUGGAGGCGAGUCCGGCUAUCUCGAUGCUGCUCUCUGCUUCUAUAAAGCUUUGAAAGUUUAUCCAAAUCCAGUAGAAUUGAUUAUGAUAUAUCAAAAAACCAUUCCUGAACCCGUUUUCAAUUUAGUUUAUGAUAUGAUGAGCAUUGAGAAAAAGCAAGCGGAAUAUUUCGGGAAUUUUCCACCAAAAGAAAUGAAUGUCAGGAUUGAAGAAAUCGGUCAAAGUUCGGAUGAACAAAUACGUCGCGCUCUGAUUUCUACAAAAGAUUUUGCACCGGGGGAUGUCAUCUUUAUUGAACAAGCUAUUGCUUCCGCUUUAGAUCCAAGUCUUGAAAACGGUGAAUUUUGCAGUCAUUGUCUCAAGGAAUUGAAUGGAGCAGAUUUCAGCGAUGAAAGUGAUCUAUUUGGUGCUGUUUAUUGCUCCAAAUCAUGCCAAGAAAAGGCAAUGGCAGAAUAUGAAACUCUCCUUUUCACAACUAGAGAUGAUGUUUCUUCUAGUAAUGAAGCUAAAUUAAUGGAAUUGGUUAAAUCAGGAAGAGUUAAAUAUCCUUUAAUGAUUGCUAGAUUCUUGGCGAAAAUGGUACACGAAGAGACGCAGAAAGUUGCUACUGGCAUUGAAGAAGAAUAUAGCACUUGGGAUCAUAUUGAACGACUAAGAUACUUGGCAGUUCAACCUUACGAUAAAGAGUCCAAUGAGAUUACAUUGUUGAAAGAACUAUUUAAAACGAAGGUACCUGGCAUGGAAGAAUUCAUUACUGAGGAAAGGUAUUUAAUGCUUAAGGGUAAACUCAUGUAUAAUGCUUAUGGGAUACAUACUGAACGUAAUAUGGAAACCUUAAAAGAGAAUUUGGAAGAAACUAUGCGUAGCAAUCAACCAACCGUUAUUGGUGCCGGUUUCUACCGUGUUGCUUCAUACCUUGCUCAUAGUUGCAGCCCAAAUACAGAAGCAAGAUUCCCUGAUAAGAAUAACGUCUUAUCUAUUGUUGCUACUAAACCUAUCAAGGCUGGAGACGAAUUGAAAAUCAGCUAUAUCCGAGUUGGAGAUAGAAAUUAUAGUAAUAGAAGAGGUGAAUUGGAAACAAAAUGGCGAUUUAAAUGUACAUGUACUAGAUGUAUGGAAGAAGCGGGAGAAGUUGGUAGAUCUGCUUGA